AUGUUUCGCAGCAAGUCGAGAGAGCCUGGCCAGCUCAUCCUCGAGCAGGGUCCCUCGGGCUCUGUUGGCGACGAUGGCCGCUUCAAGAUUCGUUUUCACAGCGAGGCCCAUUCCCUCACUUCCUGGUAUCACGAUCUUCAGAUCAAGCGGUCCUGCAAGCGACCGGCCAGCCGUCCCACCUCUCCCGAAGUUCCCAAGACUGAUCCCGCCAGCAUUCCCCGCCUCAACAUCGCCAUACACAUUGUUGGCUCUCGAGGCGAUGUCCAGCCCUUUAUUCCCAUUGCUCAGAUCCUCGGCAAGGCUCCCUACAACCACAGAGUGCGCAUCUGUACGCACCCAGUCUUUAAAGAUUUUGUCGAAGCCCAGGGUGUCGAGUUCUUUAGCAUCGGUGGUGAUCCAGAGGCGCUCAUGUCUUAUAUGGUCAGAAAUCCUGGGCUGUUACCUAAUCGAGAGAGUGUCAAGGCUGGUGAUAUUGGCAAGCGCCGCGAGGAAAUGUCGGAAAUUAUGAAUGGCUGCUGGCGGAGCUGCAUCGAGGCUGGUGAUGGCAUGGGAAACCCCAUCACUGCCGCCAGCGUCAAGGACCCCAAGGACCUCUUCAUCGCCGACGUCAUCAUCGCCAACCCGCCCUCCAUGGCUCAUAUUCACUGCGCUGAGAAGCUUGGCAUUCCUCUUCACAUGGUCUUUACCAUGCCCUGGUCCCCGACAGACGCUUUCCCCCACCCUCUGGCAGCCAUGAACUAUGGCGGCGCCGACAAGAAAAUGGCCAAUUAUAUUUCCUUCAUAAUGAUGGAGCUCCUCACAUGGCAAGGCCUCGGUGACUUGAUCUCCAAAUUCCGCCACGAGAAGCUUGGCCUCGACCAAAUUAGCCCUCUUUGGGGCUUCCAUCUGCUCACACGCCUACGCGUACCCUUUAGCUACCUCUGGUCAAAGUCAUUGAUCCCCAAGCCCAAGGACUGGGGAUCCUACAUCAACAUUACUGGCUUCUCGUUUCUGCCCCUUGCCAGCUCAUAUACUCCUCCCGACGAUCUAACUGCUUUCCUUGCCGCCGGGCCAGCCCCAAUCUAUAUUGGAUUUGGUUCAAUUGUGGUUGAGAAGCCUGUAGAGCUCACCAAUCUACUCUUUGCGGCAGUCAAACAGGCCGGCGUGCGGGCCAUCAUUUCCGAGGGUUGGAGCAAGGUUGGCGGUGACCAAGUUCCUGACAACAUCUAUCUCAUCGGAAACUGCCCUCAUGAUUGGCUGUUUCAACACGUUUCUGCCGUCGUACAUCACGGCGGCGCCGGCACUACCGCCGCUGGUAUCGCCGCCGGCAAGCCCACAGUUGUCGUUCCCUUUUUUGGAGAUCAGGCUUUCUGGGGCCAAAUGGUAGCACGUGCGGGUGCUGGUCCUCAGCCCAUUCCGUACACCGAAAUGACGGCUGACAGCCUGGCUGAGAGCAUCACCACCGCCUUGAAGGAAGAUGUUCAAGAAGGUGCCCAGGAGAUGGCCAAGACGAUUGCUGCGGAGAACGGAGCAGAGGAUACCGUCACCGACUUCCUCGAGCGCCUUGUCUGCGAGGAUCGACUGCAGUGCGACUUGUGCCCGGAUCGGCUCGCCACUUGGCUGCACAAGAAGACGGGUGCUCGACUAAGUGGGUUUGCCGCUGCUUGUAUAACCGACAAGGGCUUGAUUACACCUGAUCAAGUCAAGCUGAUCCAUCACAAGAGCUGGUAUGUUGACGAGGGCGCCGAGCACCCCUUUGUUGGCAUGCUCGCUUCUGCCACGGGCUUCGUCACCACUGUCGCUACCGUCUCUUCCGACUACGCAAAAGCUUGGAAAUACCGCCCUAGCAGAACGGCCGACAAGAAAAAUACGGAAACCUCGAGCGAGUCCUCUGUCGAGCGAAAGAAAGCCGUGUCCGAAGACUAUAAGCCCAAUUCGGCUGUCCACCCGGGCGGCCGUCCUAAAAAUCCGAUGCAAGAAGCUUCCGAAAUGACCCCUUCGCAGAUGGAAAAGGCUGCCAUCAAAAUGGCGAAAAAGUCUCUUCGCACAGUGGUCCCCGAACCCGGGGUUCAGCGCGCACCUACUUUCCAUGACAAGCGCAAGGCGGAGUGGGAAGAGCAUGAGCAUGGCCGACACGGCCGCGGUUUUUUCUUGGCUCGCAAGACGGGCAGAUAUAGUGCGGAGCUCGCCAAGGCGGGCCUAAAAGCUCCCGUUGCCUUCUUCUGGAACACAGCCAACGGCUUCCACAAUUUCCCUUCGUACGGCUAUGCCGGUAUCGAGGUCCGCCGCCGAGACCAAAUUACGGGGUUCGGUAGCGGUGUCAAGGUGGCAGGCAAGGAGUUUGUUUUGGGCUUUUGGGAAGCCUUUUCGGGCAUCGUCGUCCUGCCUUAUAAAGGCACACGAGACGAAGGCUUCAAAGGUUUGGGCAAGGGUAUCUGGCGUGGUGGCAAGGGCUUCUUCUGUGGCCUAGGGGCCGCCGUUUUCGGCCUCCCCGGCUACACUCUCAAGGGCUUUGAGAGGACACUCUCCAAGCGCCACCUUACCAAACUCAAGGCCGAGAUCCUGCUCGUCAGACUGCGAAAGGCGCUCAUGGACUUUCGUGAGGCCACGGAGGAAGAGCGCGAGGCUGUCGUCGAGGCCUGGAUGGCCAAGUUUUGA